GCACAUCAAGAGUGCCUUGCAGACCUUGCUGGGCACUCCAGUCGUCCAGAAGAUGCUGGAUCGAAAGCUCAUGGCCCGACGAAGGAUGCAGUGUAUGCAGCGGUGUGCACUGGGCAAUGGAGGGACGCAGAAGCCCUCUAAGGACAUGCUCCGUCCUUGCGAUGUGGUUGUCACGCGGCUACACGAAGUUGCGCUGGAAACCGUUCCACAGUUCUACGGGCCUGCACGUCGAGAACUGACUUGCAUUGCUUUUGCCCUUUUCGAAGGGCGUGCCGGUGGCAAGAUUUCACAGAAGAACGUGAUUUUCCAUCCAAUGGAUAGUGGAGCACUUUGUCCUCGCCAAAACUUUGAGCAUGCCUUUACCCACGACCUCGUUUUCAGUGAUCUGGCGAAUACCGCGGAAGCCAACCGCAGCCCGGGCGUGAAGAUCAUCUUGCUCGGGGUGUGGCGACAGUGUCGCCAGAUUCCUGGCACAUGGCUGGACAAGGCUGCGAAACUGGCGCCAGCCUUGACUGUGAAACACGAGCGGUGGCAACAUGUGGCAACGCAUGGUGAAACACGCGGAUGGCAGCGACACUUCCCCAAGCGCAAGCAGUAG